AUGCUGCGAAGACUACUUUCUCUCCCCCUGGCAGGGCUGUUGAUUCCCUGGACUACCGCAGUCCCAACAGCAACACACUCGUCUCCAACUCCCUCCAUUACGACAACCGCCACCGACAAGCUAGUCUUCUGUCAUUUCAUGAUUGGCAUCACAAGCAACCGUAACAGCGCAAACGACUACGAUGACGACAUGAAAAGCGCCAAAGCCCUAGGCAUUGACGCCUUCGCGCUCAACAUCGGCGUAGACUCCUACACAGACACGCAGCUCAACUUCGCCUACGACUCCGCCGCCAGAAACGGCAUGAAGGUGUUCAUAUCCUUCGACUUCAACUGGUACAACACGGGCCAGGGUAGCACAAUCGGCGCCAAGGUCAAGCAGUACGCAAGUCUGCCCGCGCAGCUGAAAGUCGACGGCAAGGUGUUUGUGUCAAGCUUUGCGGGCGAUGGCGUCGAUGUCAAUGCAAUUCAAUCUGCUGCGGGACAGGAUCUGUUCUUUGCGCCGAAUUUCCAUCCGGGGACCGGCGAUUUCAGUGCUGUGCAGGGCGCGCUGAAUUGGAUGGCUUGGCCGAAUAAUGGGGAUAAUAAGGCUCCCACGCCCGGUAAUAAUAUCUCUGUCGAGGAUGGGGAUCAGGCGUACAUCAAUGCGUUGCAGGGAAAAUCCUACAUUGCACCCGCCUCGGCAUGGUUCUCGACCCAUUUUGGCGCCGAAGUCUCCUACAGCAAGAACUGGGUCUUCCCCUCAGAUCUGCUCUGGUACAACCGUUGGCUCGAUAUCCUCGAGCUAAGCCCGCGCUUCGUCGAGAUCAUCACUUGGAACGAUUAUGGCGAGUCGCACUAUAUUGGGCCGUUGUCGUCGCCGCACACAGAUGACGGGUCAUCCAAAUGGGCAAUGGACAUGCCCCAUGAUGGAUGGCUGCAGAUGUCCAAACCGUUCAUUGCAGCGUACAAGGCCGGGGACUCGUCUCCCCUGAAAUACAUCACCGACGAGAAGCUGGUGUACUGGUACCGGCCGACGCCCAAGAACAUCAACUGCGACGCCACCGACACCACGACCGAAGGCAACCCGAACAACAGCAGUGGGAACUUCUUCCGCGGCCGACCCAACGGGGCGGACACGAUGGCCGAUGCGGUGUUUGUGGUUUCUUUGCUCCAGUCUCCCGCGAACGUCGUGGUGCAAUCCGGUAGCCAGGCGCCGGUAACGUUCGCCGCGCCCGCGGGGAUCAGUGCCUUCACGGUGCCGAUGGGGCUGGGGGCGCAGAAAUUUGCCGUCACACGCGGCGGCAAUAACCAGACGGUGCUGUCGGGCACGAGUCUCAAGCAGAUCGUGGACUCGUGCAUUUGCGGGAUUUACAACUUCAACGCCUAUGUGGGGACACUGCCCGCGCCGGCGUCGAUCGACCAACUCCAGCCGGCUGGGCUGGCCAGUCUGUCAGAGGGCUUGCGGGCGCCCUGCCCUACGAACACGUUGGGCGUGAGUUCGUGA